ACAUCUCAGACCUCCCCCUUUGUGAUGUGCUUUGUGUGAAGCUUAUAUGCGUGAAUCGGAAACGUUGCAUACGAGAGUAGCAAAUGCGGUGAGCUGGUGCGUCUCAACUUCCUUUUCAGCUACAAGCCCCAGAUCAAGAGGCUCAGAAAAACACGAGGAAGGAAACCUCCCGAGCCAUAUUGUCUUUUUUGCUGGACUGCUCAUUUUGACUGCCAUGUCAAACCCAGUCAUCACUCAGCCCGGUGCUGGAUCAUAUGGAACAAAUGUGCAGACUGGAGAGUGGAGCACCGGUCUUUGUUCUUGCUGCAGUGACCUACUUGUCUGUGGUCUUGGCUUCAUCUGUCCGAUAGCUCUCAGCUGUUACACAGCAAACAAGUACGGUGAGAACGUAUGUCUAGCAUGUGUACCUGGAGGAAUGGCUGCAAUGAGGACACACAUGCGACUGACCUAUGGAAUACAGGGCACAAUAUGCAAUGAUGCUUUGAUGACCUGUUGCUGUGGAAUAUUUGAAACAUGUCGAAUGGCCAGAGAAAUUCGUAUCAGGAACGGAGAAACCUAGUUGAUGUCUUUUACAAAGAUUCUUUUAUAAUUUUAAAAAGCAUUCAAAUUUAUUGAAAUCAACACGUCAUUUAGUAAUAUUCUCUUGAUUAUUAAAGGCAGGGUAAAUAAAGCCGGGAUACAAUUCAGAAAAAUACAUUCUUUGGAAAUACAAAAGCCUGACCAAAACUGUUUACUUAGUCGACAAACUAAAGAGUGUUACACAAUUGCAGCUUAAAAGUCUUUAAUUUGUGUUAAUUCUUGCAAUAUUCAUUUAUACAUUGUAUGUGCUAACAAUUUUGCUGUAAUGCUCAAAAUGUGUCAAUCUGCAGCAUUAAUAUGUGACUGUACAGGAGCUGUGUGUCAUAUAUAUAACAAUCACCCAAAUACAGUAUAAGUGGGAUAAUGA